GUUAUUUAAAAUGAGUUGUGAAAACGAAUUAUUAUGUUCUAUGAAACGAAUUAAGUAAACUAUAAAGAAUUAAGAAUAUUAAGAAAAGCAUCCCGAAUUUUCGUAGUAAUAUCGUAAAAAAUGCCGUUUAUGAAGGGCGCAGCUCCUAUAAGGAGAACUCUGAAAUACUUGGAGGCCGGUUCUUUGGUUUUAAAAGAUCAAAUCAAGAUAUUCACGAUUAAUUAUAACAUGGGUGGAAAAAAUCAUCAUGGGGCCAAAGAUUUUGUGUUUUGGUACUUACCGCAAAUACAGUAUAAAAAUCCUACGGUGCAAAUUUCGACUUUUAAGAGUAUGACUCCUACACCAUUUAUUAGGUGUUUUUAUGAUAAUGGGACACAAAUGUUAAUAGAUGUUGAUAAUAGAUCCAAAGAGGAAAUACACACUCACCUUUUAGAAGUUGUUGGGAAAACAAAAGAAGUUUUGGAAGCUGAAGUGAUAGCAAAAGAAAAGAAAGAUAAUCCUGCCAACUUUGGGCCUCACUGUGAUAGACAUUGUAUAUGUGAAAUACCCGGGCAAAUACCAUGUCCUGGUACAUGCCCAUUACCCAAAAUAAUGAGGGGCAAGUAUAAAUAUAACAAAGCUGAGAUGUAAAUAUAUAGGUAAUAAAUAUUAAUUAGGA